AUGGUCGCAAUCGCGGCAGUUUCACGCGGCGAUCGCGACAGGCCGACAAGCACUCCAAAGCUCGGACUAUUUGUAUAUAUUCUCGCAUCGGCCGCUGUUAUUGGUGGAUUCCUCUUCGGCUAUGAUACUAGCGUCGUCUCUGCUGCUAUGCUCUACAUUCCGGAAGCGCCGGGUCUCAAACCGAUGAACACCGUAUGGCAGGAGAUUUUAGUGAGCAUUUCGCCAGGAAUGGCGGCCGUCGGAUCACUGAUGUCCGGCGUCUCAUCGGAUCGAUUCGGAAGACGCAAGGUGAUCCUGGGCGCCUCAUUCAUCUUCACCGUCGGAGCGCUCGUCUGCGCCGCUUCGGUCAACAAAAUUAUGCUUUUAAUCGGGCGAAUCUUAUUGGGAAUUGCCAUCGGAUUUGCUUCAAUGAUCGUCCCGGUUUAUUUGGGAGAAACCGCGCCGACGCAUGUCAGAGGAAUGCUCGUUUCAGCAUUCGCCCUAAUGAUCAGUGGAGGCCAAGUCGUCGCGAAUGUCACCGGCGGGGCGUUCAGUUACAUUGCGCCGUACACGAUUGGAUGGAGAUUGAUGUUCGCAUUCGCCGCUGUUCCAUCUGCAAUUCAAUUCGUCUGCUUCAUCUUCUUGCCAGAGACACCAAGAUGGCUUUACGAGCAUGGCUACGAGCAAGAAACUCGAGAGGUUCUUGAGAAGGUUUACAACGGCGACAACGAAUGGGUCGAGUUUGAAUUGGAAGACAUCAUGGCGUUCACCGAAGAUCAGAAAAAGGAUAAGAUGACACCUCUUGGGCAGACGCCGAUACUGUGGAGAAUUCUCAGAACGCCUCAUGUCCUGAAGGCGUGCUUCAUUGGUAGUAUGCUUCAAGCGUUCCAGCAGCUCGCAGGAAUCAACACGAUUCUCUACUACACCGCCGAUAUUAUCCGAUCUUCUGGAGUCAGUGAUAAUCACACGACGAUUUGGAUCUCGGUGGCCCUGUCGGUGUGCAACUUCAUCGGACCAUUCGUGCCAAUGAGUCUCAUCGAGCGCGUCGGCCGCCGGAUACUGUUUCUGUUCUCGUGCGCCGCCGUCGUUGUCGCUCUAAUCCUAAUCGGCGUCGCGUUUCUGCUCGUCAAUCAUGACUCGGCCGCAACAUUUUCCGCCGAAAAAUACGCGGCUGAUAACGCCUGGAAUUCGUCGUUUGCCGACGCCAAACACUGUAUGGAAUACACAAAUUGCGAUUUUUGUGUGACCACCGAUGCUUGCGGAUUCUGCCAUGAUCCGGACACUCGCGAAGGCUUCUGCUUGCCGGCUUCUGACGAUCCAUCGUUCUCGUCAAGUACUGGCGAAUGCUCAAGAUCGGCAAAAAAUGGUACGUCUUCAACAAACGCCUACAAAUGGCAAAAGUACUAUUGCAACACGCGGUUCACGCUUGUCCCAAUUUUCGUGAUGGGCUUUUAUCUGCUCACCUUCUCCUCGGGAUUCACUUCUCUUCCAUGGGUUCUCAACUCCGAGUUCUACCCAAUGUGGGCUAGAAGCACAUGUGUAUCAAUUUCAACACUUUCCAACUGGGUAUUCAACUUGAUCAUCGCUUUAACCUACCUUUCUCUAACUCAAGUUAUCACCAAAUAUGGAGCAUUCUGGUUGUAUGCCGGAUUCACUGCAAUCGCAUUUCUGUUCAUCUACUUCCUCGUUCCUGAAACGAAAGGAUAUUCGAUUGAUGAGGUGGAAAUGUUGUUUAUGAGCAAAAAGAAACGAAGAGCCACAGUAUCCCGACGACGAGAAACCCUUACAGAAAUCCGAUCGAAACUUGGCAGCAUCUCAUCAUACGCGUCGAAAUAUUAA